AGAAGCAAGGCCCAGGGAAAAAAAGGCAACUUCAGACGGAAAGUUGGUGCGAACUGGCGCAGUCUGCAAAAAAGGAAAAGUCGAUCGCCGGCAGCAGCGGCAUAAAAGUGUGAGCUGCCCGAGGCGAGCGCAGGAGGCAGCGGCUGGCUCUGCCCUCCGGGUGGCCGCGCCGGCACCCGCUGCAGCCACAGGUGCGAAGGGGCUGGCUGGAGGCGAGAGGGCGCCCUGAGCACCCCUCCCCCAGCCCCCACCCCCCCAGUCGGGACUUCAGAUCAAGUCACUUGGCGCCCUAGCUCCCUCCCCAGCCGCAGCCUCAGCGGGGGGAGCAGGAGCCAGAGAAGAACUACCGGCGCUCACCCGCCCAGGGGAGUUGGGGUUCGAAGGGGGAUUGUUUUCGGCUCUGAGGAGGUCCCCGCCCAACCUUCAAAAUUUUGUCCAAAAGCAGACAAGAGGAUCGGCCCGCGCUGAGCCGGCUCGUGGGCAGCAGGAGGCGCCUAAUCGCCGCCGGGGCGCUGGGGGUGGUGAUGGUGCUUCUGCUGGUCAUCCUCAUCCCGGUGCUGGUGAGCUCGGCCGGCACGUCGGCGCACUACGAGAUGCUGGGCACCUGCCGCAUGGUCUGCGACCCCUACGGGGGCACCAAGGCACCUAGCACCGCCGCCACUCCGGACCGCGGCCUCAUGCAGUCCCUCCCCACCUUCAUCCAGGGUCCCAAAGGCGAGGCGGGAAGGCCGGGGAAGGCAGGCCCGCGUGGGCCCCCCGGAGAGCCCGGACCACCGGGCCCCGUGGGGCCCCCGGGCGAGAAGGGCGAACCUGGCCGCCAAGGCCUGCCAGGCCCACCUGGGGCGCCUGGCCUGAAUGCGGCCGGGGCCAUCAGUGCGGCCACCUACAGCACGGUGCCCAAGAUCGCCUUCUACGCUGGCCUCAAACGGCAGCAUGAAGGCUAUGAGGUGCUCAAGUUCGACGACGUGGUCACCAACCUCGGAAACCACUAUGAUCCCACUACGGGCAAGUUCACCUGUUCCAUCCCGGGUAUCUACUUCUUCACCUACCACGUUCUGAUGCGCGGAGGGGACGGCACCAGCAUGUGGGCUGAUCUCUGCAAAAACAACCAGGUUCGUGCUAGUGCAAUUGCCCAAGAUGCUGACCAGAAUUACGACUAUGCCAGUAACAGUGUGGUCCUUCACCUGGAACCAGGAGAUGAAGUCUACAUUAAAUUAGAUGGUGGGAAAGCCCAUGGAGGAAACAACAACAAAUACAGCACAUUUUCUGGAUUUAUUAUUUAUGCUGAUUGAUAAUGCAGAAACUGAGCUUGCUAUUCUGAGUUUGAACGCUGAAUUCAUAUGGCUAACGUCAGUGAAUCAAGGAUCCCGGGGGAUGCCAAUCGUAGGGCAUCUCGGUUGUGUAAUUGUGGGGAGAUCAAAUGCUACCUGACUCACAUCUGUAUCACUCAGACACAUUAUGU